AUGCCGAUGUCUAUGGGAAGGUAUCCUGUUCCACCCAACAAGAAGGGUGGGAUAGAAAAGUUGUUGUCAAGCUUUAAUGGACCACCGUUGAGUCAGAACAGAGGAAUCGCGCUGCAGAUCAUGCCGCGGGGUGGAUUGAACCAACCUCCAACUCAGGGAAGGACGUAUGCGAUCACCAGAGGACAAGUGGAGGAUGUGCCUAAUGUGAUCACAGCUGAAAAAUAUGUUAAGUUAGUAGAAUUAAUUCCUAAGUUGUUGGAGUCCGUGAUUAGCAUAUCUACACCGUUGAAGGAUAAGGUAUUAGCUACAGUGGGUUGUCUUGGUUGCAAGUUAGUGAUUGGUGAACGAGAGGGGAGGAUAGACUUGAUAGUUCUAGCCAUGUAUGAUUUUGAUGUGAUAAUUGGCAUAGACUGGCUCACCCACCAACGAGCUAAGCUGGACUAUUAUCGCAAGGCAAUUCAGUUUAACCUGUUAGUGGGCAAGGGUUACCAAGGUUACCUAGCGACUGUCGUGGACACGAUAGCAGAGGAGUUGAAUAUAGAAGACAUCGCAGUGGUCCAAGAGUUCCCAAACAUGUUUCCGAAAGAAUUACCAAGGUUGCCGCCAGAGAGAGAUAUAGAGUUCGUGAUUGAGUUAGCUCCUGGGACUGAGUCAAUCUCUAAAGCUCCUUACCGGAUGGCCUUGUCAGAACUUAGGGAACUAAAAGUGCAGAUGCAAGAGUUGUUGGAUAAAUGA